UUAGUUCGUACCAUUGCUCAUCAGCUUGCUCAUUGUUCAUUAAUAAUAUAUUGCCUGCAAUUGAGUCUCUAUUUUCUUCAUUUAACAUAUUUACUUAGAAAAACAAAUAUGAAGUUCCACAUUGUUAUUCUCUUGUUGUUUGUGUUGGGAGUUUCAAGGGCUUCUGGUGCAGAUAAACUGAAAAAGAACUUCUACAAGAAUAGCUGUCGACAAGCUGAGACCCUUGUGAGGAACAUUACUUGGAGUAGAGCUGCAAAUGAUUCUAAAUUGGGUGCUAAAAUACUUAGGGUUCACUACCAUGAUUGCUUUGUUAGGGGAUGUGAUGCAUCUAUACUACUGGACACAGUGGGAACAGAUGCGGCAGAAAAGAGUGCAAGGCCAAACCUCUCACUGCUAGGUUUCGAAGUAAUUGAUGAAAUCAAGUCCGAAAUUGAGAAAGUAUGCCCUCAAGUUGUUUCUUGUGCUGACAUUCUGGCCUUGGCUGCUCGCGAUGCAGUCUCUUUCCCAUUCAAGAAGGAUAUGUGGGAGGUCUAUACCGGUAGAAGAGACGGAAGGAUCUCCCUUUCAUCUGAGGUCACUGGAAAUAUACCUGGAGCCAACUCAAAUUUCGCCACACUCAAGAAUUUAUUUGCCAACAAAAGUCUCUCUGUCACUGAUCUUGUAGCAUUAUCAGGUGCUCAUACCAUUGGAGUAGCUCACUGUGGAGCAUUUUCGCGAAGAUUAUAUAAUUUCAGUGGUAACGGCGACACAGAUCCUUCUCUGAAUCAAGCUUAUGCUGAAACUUUGAAGUCGCAGUGCCCAAACCCAGCUAGUUCUACUAUAACUGUUGAGAUGGAUCCUCAAAGCUCUGAAUCAUUCGAUACUCACUAUUUCACUGCAGUUAAACAAAACAAGGGUUUAUUUCAAUCUGAUGCAGCGCUUCUCACAAAUACUGCUUCCUCAAAAAUAGUGGAUUCACUACAAAAAGCCAACACUUUCUUCUCUCAGUUUGGGAAAUCAAUGAAGAAUAUGGGAGAAAUUGAAGUGCUUAUUGGAAAUGCUGGGGAGAUAAGGAAGAAUUGUCGCAUAGUAAAUGCAUGAUUUUAUCUAUUUAGAUAAGAGUAUUUGUUAUUCUUAUAUGAAUAAUUGUUGAAUUGUUGUUCGAAUAAAUUGUACACCUACGGAACUUUCAAGUAGACGUCGCAAUAAUGUGCAAAUAAAUUGUAAAAUGAUGUUUAUGUAUAUGUAGUUAAUGAACUGUAUGUAUUUUUCAAUUAUGUUAGCAAAAUAAAUUUAUACUCAAAAGAUAAUUAUUUAUCUAUUCAAAA